AUUUACAGCAUAUCCACACACACACACACACACACACACACACACACACACACACACACACACACACACACAGACUCUUGCCCUCAGAGUGAGUCAUGAUUAUCUCAAGACAGGAACAGUACGUACAUGAAAACAGAUCUCACACACCUGCAAAGGACAUGAAGAUGGAGACUCUCAAGCGUUGGAUGAGGGACUGGAAGUAUCCAACUUCUCUGUUAUGCAUCUAUGGGUUCUUCAGCACAGUAAGGCCUUACGAACCAUUUCUCAUCCCGUUCCUAACUGGACCAGACAAGAACCUAACCAUUGAGCAGGUAAACAAUCAGAUAUUCCCGGUGUGGACGUACUCGUACCUGGCAGUGCUGGUUCCUGUCUUCCUCCUCACAGAGUGGCUAUGUUACAAACCUGUGGUGGUCUUCCAGUGUUUAGUCCUGUUCUCCACUGUGGCGAUGUUGCUGUGGUGUAAUGGUGUACCAGAGAUGCAGGCCAUACAGUUUACGGCCGGAAUGGUGACAUCGUGUGACGUUGCUUACUUCACAUACCUCUACAGUGUGGUGGAGUUGAAACACUACCUGAAAGCCACCUCGUACUGCCGGACAGCCCAGCUGCUGGGCAACACCGUUGGUUCAGUGUUGGGCCAGAUCCUAGUCUCUUUUGAACUGAUGUCCUAUAACUACCUUUUAGUGUUUACACUGGUUCUCACUACCAUUGCAUUGAUCACCUCCAUUCUUCUCCCAAUGCCGAAGACAAGUAUGUUCUUCCACCAAAUAAGGAGUGCUAGUGGAGAGACUGAUGGUGAAGGGCAUGUUGGGACAGAUGAGGAACUUCAGAACAAUGGCCGAAAAGAUGGCGUAGAGUUGAAUGGAUCCAAACAACUGCAGCAAAUACCGGAAGGUUCCAGUGAUAGUGAUAAUAGAAGUGCAAAAAGUUCCAGGACAGGUGGCUGCGGUGAUGUUCUGCUCCGAUUGUGGUGGGAUUUCCUGCAGUGUUUCUCCUCACGUACGCUGCUUGUCUGGUCAGCGUGGUGGGCACUAGCUACCUGUGGCUACAACCAGACGAUAAACUACGUCCAGUUGCUGUGGGAGUAUGUAGAGCCGUCUAGUAACUUCACAGUCUACAAUGGAGGAGUGGAGGCCCUCUCAAACCUGUUAGGGGCGUCAGCGGCGUACGGCAUCAGUUUUUCAUCCACAGACUGGUCUCGCUGGGGUGAGGUGGCUCUGGGCGCACUCUCGGCGCUGGAGGGCGGUGCACUCUUCGCAAUGGUCUUCAGCGCCAACAUCUGGGUCUGCUACUGUGGCUACAUCAUCUUUAAGAGCCUGUACAUGUUGCUCAUCACCAUUGCCAUGUUCCAGAUAGCAGCUGGGUUGAACGUGAAGCGCUACGCCCUUGUGUUCGGAGCCAACACCUUCUGUGCGCUGGUCCUCCAGACAAUCAUCACCUCAGUGAUGGUGGAUAGCAGCGGGCUUGGGGUGGAUAUUGUCACACAGUUUACCGUCUACGGAGCAUAUUUUUCUCUUAUUGCACUCAUUUUCUUCUUGAGGGGUUUGUAUACCACAAUGUGCCGAAAACCUGAGACGGAAACACCGAGAGAAAAUCCAGAAGAAACUUUUAAGGCAGAAGAUGAUGCACAAAUCAUCAUUGGAACAAAGUUCUGAAAACAAGUAACAGGAAGUACAGGAAUUUUAAGCCAUCACACUUGAUUUAGGUAAAAUUCAUUGUUAUAUAUAUUGUAUAUAUACACACACACAUUAACUUAAGAUUUCUGUAACAUAAGUGGUCUUGAGUCAGAGUCUCAUGAGUUCAGGAGGAGUUGACAUUCGAAAAGAGUCUUGUAGUUUAAACUCCUCGUAACGAAAAAACUAUGUUUUUGCCUUAUUCUCAGAAACUCCAAAAGCACUAAAAGACGACACUAUGAUGUCAAAAAGGGAUUCCACAUUCUUGGUUAAUGUUAUUCACAGCACGGCGGACUUCAGUGCCGUAUAUGCAGCGUGUGUGUGUACGCAUGUAUGUGUUUUAAAGAUACAAAUACUGAUAUGCACAAAAGCCUAAAAAUUAGCAAUUUCUAUGAAAGAAUUAUGUACAGAAUUGCAGCAUUUACAUGAACGGGAGGUUUGCAAUAAUUUGGUAAUCCACCACGUCAUGCAGAUGAUUUCCAGGUCAGGCCAGUUCACAGGAAUGAAAAAAGGAGCAUGGUAAAGUAAAAAAAAAGAAAAAAAAAAAGCUCCUUUUCUCCAAACAACCCUG